CCCCUGGACAUCGUGAUGCUGGGGGCCAAGGGCGACGGAAAGACGGACGCGACGCAGGCGGUGAUGAAGGCGUGGAAGAACGCGUGCGGGGCGACGGGGACGCAGAAGAUCGUGAUCCCGCCGGGCAACUUCCUGGUGGGCGCACUGGAGCUGUCGGGCCCCUGCACCUCCUCCAUCAUCAUCCGGCUGGACGGCAACCUCCUGGGCACCGGCGACCUCACCGCCUACAAGAAGAACUGGAUCGAGGUGAUGCGCGUGGACAACUUCGCCAUCAACGGCCACGGCAUCAUCGACGGCCAGGGCCCCCUCGUGUGGGAGAAGAACCAGUGCAGCAAGCACUACGACUGCAAGAUCCUCCCCAACAGCCUGGUGCUGGACUACGUGAACAACGCGACGAUCCGUGGCAUCACGCUCAAGAACGCAAAGUUCUUCCACCUCAACCUCUUCAACUGCAAGUCGGUGCUGGUGGAGAACGUGGAGAUCACGGCGCCGGGGAACAGCCCCAACACGGACGGCAUCCACAUGGGCGACUCGGAGGACGUGACCAUCAAGGCGACCAACAUCGGCGUCGGCGACGACUGCAUCUCCAUCGGGCCCGGCACCAAGCACGUCAAGAUCCACGGCUCCCGGUGCGGCCCCGGCCACGGGAUCAGCGUGGGCAGCCUGGGGCGGUACAAGGACGAGAAGGACGUGGAGGACAUCCAGGUGACCAACUGCACCAUCAAGGGCGCCACCAACGGGCUCCGGAUCAAGUCGUACGAGGACUCCAAGUCGGCGCUCCGGGCCACCCGCUUCGUGUACGACGACGUGAGGAUGGACAACGUCUCCUACCCCAUCGUCAUCGACCAGAAGUACUGCCCCAACAACAUCUGCGCCAAGGCCCCCGGCGCCUCCAAGGUGGUCGUCGCCGACAUCGUCUUCAAGAACAUCGUCGGGACGUCGGCGACGCCGGAGGCCGUCACGCUCAACUGCGUCAACAACGUGCCCUGCCAGGGCCUCCAGCUCGUCAACGUCAACCUCAAGUACACCGGCACCAACAACAAGACCAUGGCCGUCUGCAAGAACGCCGUCGGCAAGUCCGUCAACGUCGUCAAGGAGCUCGCAUGCCUCUGACUCAAGCCACGCACGCCCGCCCACCCGGAUUCAUUCUUUCUUUUGUUAAUUUGAUUUGAUUAAUUUUGUUUCUUUCUUUUUCGCUUCCUAUUAUCAUACGUUUGUUUUCAGUUUUACUUAAAUCAACUGGUGUAAGCAGCUGACAGUUUACUUGUUAAUGAUAGCAAGUGUCUGUUUUUUCUUAA